CACCGUCCAAACGAAACAGUCACUUGGCCGGCACCGGUGACUUUUUUUCGCGGACGAUUUACGUGGUCUCUCCUCUUAUAGCCGGCCUUUACGCGCGCCGCUCGAAUCGGGGUCACGCCGGCAAACGCCGUUCCGCGCCCGGCUGUCGCAUUUAGAGACAUGGCUGGAUUCAGCAUGAACAAGGUGCUGGGCACCAUAAGGAAACGCCCAACGUUUGGUGGCAGCGGCGAUGACUCCCCAGCUGACCUCGCCAACGAGCCCCCCGAGGUUGUCGCCGCGCACUGUGUGGGUGACGAUGUUAUCUUCCUGCCCGCUAUCGUCGAGGCCGCCGUUGCCUCUCCGGCCGCCGCCGCCGAAUGCGCCCGCCUCACCCGCAAAUUCAUGACGCGAGAUCACUGGUCGAAGCCGUCAUGCCAAUACAACGCCAUAAUGCUCGUCCGGAUCCUGGCCGACAACCCCGGCCCUGGCUUCACAAGAUUCCUGGACAAGAAGUUUGUUGACACGACCAAGGAGCUGCUGAGGGGCGGGCGGGACCCCAGCGUGCGCCAGAUCCUGAUGGAGUCCCUGGACGCGUUCGAGACUACCAAGAGCGGCGACGAGGGACUAGCGCUGAUCAUUGAGAUGUGGAAGAAGGAGAAGGAGAAAGCGUAUAAAGCAUAUGGAGGAGGCGUGCCGAUGGCUGCAGUUGCGGGGAUGCCCAACCCCUAUCAACCACGCCAACCAUGGCCCCAGACCUACUAUCCUCGUCACCACCGAUCGAGCAAGCGUCUUCCCGAUCCGGUCGAGCUAGCCAACCGGUUAGAAGAAGCCCGCACGUCGGCCAAGCUUCUCGAACAGGUCGUGGCGAGUACACCGCCCUCCGAGGUGCUCUCCAACGACCUGAUCAAGGAGUUCGCCGAGCGGUGCACCAGCGCGUCACGCAGCAUCCAAGGGUACAUGGCGGCCGAGGACCCGGCGCCAGACAACGACACGAUGGAGAGCCUGAUCGACACCAACGAGCAGCUCCAGCACGCGCUGAACCACCACCACCGGGCGGUUCUGCAAGCAAAGAAGCACCUCGGCAUCGGCGACAGUAGGACCAACGUCUCCAACCCCGCCCCGCCGUCCCAACAACAACAACCACAACAACGAGAACAGCAACAGUUACAAUCCCGCCCGCUGCCGUCGGCGCCAGGCCGCAAGCCCAUAGCCGGAAGCAGCAGCAACGGCAAGGGCAAAGCAAACCUUGGUGUAUACGACAGCGCGGCCGUGGCAGGCCCGUCCAGGUCUGCGAGCGCCACCCCGCGGCACGAGACCGCGACCGACGACGACGACGACGGCCAGGACCCGUUCCGCGAUCCGGUUCCCGAGCCGUCGGGCUCCCACUCGAUGUCCCGGCCGACCGGCAGGCUCGGCGACAGCCCGCCACGGCUGUCCUUUGAGCCGUACCAUCCCGGCUUUGGCGGCUCAUCGUCCUCCGCGGCUGCGGCGGCGGCGGCGGCGGCGGGAGGGAAGGGCAGACGGGAGUCUGGGUCGGAUGAUGAUGAUGAUGAUGUGCAUGACGUGUACGGGGCGACGCCGAAGAAGGAGGGGCAUGUCUUUCGGUACUAG